AUGGCCCCCGAACUACAAAUUCAGAUCCAGCAACUCAUCACAGCCGUUGGCGUCCACACUGAAAAUGAAGACCUGGCGUCCACGGGGAGACGCAGGAGCCGCCGCCGUCCCCGCUCUGCCCACGGACGUCGGACGCCCUCGAGGGCCCCGGCCCCCCGCGCGGGCAGCCCCAUGGCCCGGGGCGCGCCGCUCCCGGGGGUCCUGCUGCUGCUGCUGCUGCUGCUGCCCGCGCCCGCGCCCGCGCCCUGCUUCACGGCCACGCGCUCCGAGUGCCGGCGCCACGAGGCCUUCGUGCCCGGCGCGUGGCUGGCCGGCGAGGGCGUGGACGUGACGAGCCUGAAGCGCUCGGGCUCCUUCCCCGUGGACACGCAGCGCUACCUGCGGCCCGACGGCACCUGCACCCUGUGCCGCAACGCGCUGCAGGGGGGCGCGAUGCAGCGCCUGCCCCUGGCGCUCACCGACUGGCGCGCGGGGCGCGGGGGCUGCCAGCGCCAGGUGGGCCAGGCCGCGCUGCGCUCCACGGAGGACGUGGCCCGGGACUCGGCCAGCAGCAUCACCAACGACUGGAAGGCCGGGCUGGAGGUGGUCCUGCCGCAGCCCCCCGGCGUCAGAGCGCGCGUCAGCACGGCCGGGUCGCACUCGGAGGCCGCGAACUUCGCCGCCUCCAAGAACCACCAGGACCAGUACCGGUUCAGCCGCGACCAGGCGCAGUGUCGCGUGUACAGCUCUCGCCUGGUGCAGAACCCGCCCCUGCACCAGGACUUCAAGAAGGCUCUCCGGGCGCUGCCCCCCUACUUCAACGCCUCCAGCAAGCCCGACUACGUGCGUUUCAUCUCCACCUUUGGCACCCACUUCAUCAAGUCCAUGGAACUGGGCGGCCGGACCUUGGCCCUCACAGCCAUGCGCACCUGUGAAGUGACCCUGAACGGGCUCACGGCAGACGAGGUGGCGGACUGCCUGGAGGUGGAGGCCGAGGUAAGCGUCGGCAUGGCCGUCAGUGCCACAUCGGAGUUCAAGACCUGCGAGGAGAAGAAGAAGCAGCACAAGAUGGGGGCCUCCUUCCACCAGACCUACAGGGAGCGAUACACGGAGGUGGUGGGCGGCAACUUCAGCACCUGGAAUGACCUGCUGUUCGGGAAGGAGGCGAGCGCCGAGCACUUUGCGGCCUGGGUGGCCUCGCUGAAGCACAGCCCCGGCCUGCUGGACUUCACCCUGGAGCCGCUGCACUUGCUUCUGAAGCACCACGACCCGAGGCGGGGGGCGCUGAGAGCAGCCGUGAGCAAGUACAUCACAAGCAAGGCGCGCUGGAGGGACUGCAGCCGGCCCUGCCCGCCGGGGCAGCACAAGAGCCCGCAGGACGAGUGCCAGUGCUUGUGCCAGGCCUCCACGGCCACCAGCCAGGACUGCUGUCCCCGGGAGCGGGGCCUGGCCCAUCUGGUGGUCAUGCAGUUCCGGGCCCAGGGCCUGUAUGGGGACUGGAUCACCGCCACCGACGCCUACCUGAAGGUCUUCUUCGGGGGCCAAGAGAAGAGGACAGAAACCGUGUGGAACAACAACAACCCCCGCUGGACCAUCAAGAUGGACUUCGGAGACGUGGUGUUGGCCGCGGCAGGGAUCCUGAAGGUCGAGGUGUGGGAUGCCGACUCGGGCAUAGACGACGACCGCCUGGGCAGCUGUCAUUAUCCUGCUGCAUCGGGCUUCCACCGGGAGAACUGCCAACUGUCCCAUGGCCAGCUGCAGUUUUCCUACGAGGCCAAGUGUGCGUCCCACCUGUCGGGGAAGACGUGCAUGGAUUACGUCCCGCACGGGCUUCCGGGGGAGCCUCCGGGAAACCGGAGUGGGGCGGUAUGGUGAGAGCCGUAACCUGUGAGCCCAGCCAGAGACGCCUCAGAGACUGUCCGGGCCUCCCCCAAGCCCUGCAAAGCUGCCUUUCCUUUUUUUCUCCCAAUGACUUCACGAACCAGCUGAGACUCCCUCACUGACCACCUGAGCUCCUGCAGAGGUCAGGCCCUGGCCCUAUCCAAGCCGGGCCCUGGCCAUGCCCAGCUGUCCUGGAAAAACCUUCCUCCUGGGGCCGGAGCAACAGUACAGCGGGGAGGCCACUUGCCUUGCACGCAGCCAACACGGGUUUGAUCCCUGGCAUCCCAUAUGGUCCCCCGAUUUCUGCCAGGAGUCAUCCCUGAG